UAAAUUUAGCAGUGUUGUUUGUUGCCAUUAGUGGUGCAAUAGCUAGUCUGAAAAUCAGUUAUAAAAAUUUAAAGCCAUGCUGUCAUACCGGCAUUUUCCUGAAAAACUUCGUACAAGUCAUCAACUGUGAAAUGGAAGCACUCUUAAUCCCUCAAAUCCAUCCGUUUGGGCAUCAUCAAAGGGAUAGUGUUAAGAUGUGCUGCAGCCCAGUUUCUACAUUUGGCGAUGAUUUCACCCUAAUUCUCCGUCAAAAUACGCUGCCUCAGCAGAACAAAAUUAUUCCAGAAAAAUCAAAAGAAAUGCAGCCCCUCUCUGAGGAGGAAGAAACUAUUAAUUCGUACACAUUUAUAGAAGAUACUACCACAUCAAAUGAAAGGAAGGAAAAUCAAAGACUUGAGAAGGGCGAAAAGGUCGAAGUUCCAGGCACAGGCAGGAGAUAUAAGAAGUGUGAAAUUCCUGAUGAUAUUUUAGAAAAAUAUGGUACAAAAUCAUGCAAGAAAGCAAAGAAGAAGGAAAAAAUUGAGAAAAAGGGAAAGAGAUGGAAAUAUUUACCUAAUGAUGAAAUGGGAUUUAAAAUCUCACUCUUUCCUAGACCAGUGUGUGACAAUGUUAGUAUUGAUUAUGAUGCUGAGAAACUUUACUUAAAGAUUGAGAAUGAAUGUGAUGAAAUGGAGAACUUGACCCAAAAAUUUGAAGAAUUCCAAGAAAUGGAGGGUUGUAUGAGUGGAAAUAUGAAAUUAGAAAUCCGUGCUGAUCGUGACAGAAAAGUGGAGAAAGCACAUAAACAAGUGAAAACCAAGCAUUGUCUUAGUAUUCAGAACAAUAAUGGACGAAAACACCUAUACAUUCAUCACAAAGUUUACAAACUAAUGUCUAUGGAAAUAACAAUAAGCCUUAAUUGUAUGCCAAGCAGAAAGAAAGAGAAGAUAACCUUAAGAAGAGAAGAAUUAAAGAAUUCCAGCACCACAAAACCAAGAGUUCCCCAUUCUGAUGUAGUAGCUCCUCGUCCUCCACCUCAGAAUCUGGCUUAUGCUUUAGAUAAUUACAAUGCCCCCUCAGCUUUCGACAGUGCUGUAGUAAAUAUUCUGAUUGGUUUGCAACACCGCGACCUGACCCCUGAAGAUUACGAGCUACUACUCAGGCUGGACGAACAAGUGGCCCCUAAAACUGUGUCAUCCAACACAAUUAAAAACUUUAAAACAGAGACUAUUGAUGAGGCAUCGGCUGGUGCAUUGUGUGCUAUUUGCAUGGAGGUCUAUGAAAUAGGCCAAACCCGUAAAUUUCUUCCUUGUAAUCAUGAGUUUCACUCCAGCUGUAUAGAAAUGUGGCUAACUAACUCUUCCGUAAACUGUCCCAUUGAUAAUUUACCAGUAGAGCCAUCAUGAUAAAGCUCUUUAAGAUUCAUGAUAAAAUGUAUUAAUUAUAAUCAACGCUGCAUAAACGUAUAUUUAUAUACAUCAAGUUUUAUAACAUAUUCUAAUUUAAAGGAUAAAA